UGAAUUACAAAUUAAUACAACAUGACAAAACGUGAGGCUUUCCUACAGGCUGUUUUUAAUGGUGCCAUCGAAGAGUUCUUGCAUUUUAUCCAGCUUCAUGAAGAUGCAGCUGAUUCAUUUGAUCUGAAUGAGCUGCUUCAAGAAUUAUCAAGGAAACAGAAAGAAGCAUUAUGGGAGAAGUUGAAGCACUUGUUAGCGCAGGUUUUGAUAGAAGAUCCAGUAGAAGAAUGGCAGAGAGUUAGAGAAGAAUGUGAUGAUGACAUGGAAACUGAGAGAGCUGCUAAAAGGGAGCAAACUGCAGCUGUGAUUCAAAGUGUGAUAACUGUAGUUACUUCUUCCAUAUCUAUAGUAGAUGAAAACAUAAACUUCAAAGAUCUUUUAGAAUGCGCUGUGAUAUUAAACGGCAUUAUUUAUGCAUUGCCCGACUCUGAAAAAUCUCUGUUGAAAGCCAUCCAGUGCCUAUGUGAACGGUGGUGGGAGAAGGGUCUUGAAGGAAAAGAAGAAUUUGGGAAAACUGCUUUCAUUAUGCUUCUGAAAAUCAAUCUUGAGAAGAAAACCGUUGUGGGGGCGAAUAUAAUCCAUCUAUGGCAUCUUCACCGGGCUUUACUGUGUUUUGAUUAUGACUUAGAGGAGAGUAAUGAAGUGAAGGAUUUGUUACUUCGCUGCUUUAUGAGUGUCAGUCAUAUUAAAAAGGAAGAGGGCAGAAGAUUCCUGAGUUUUCUUUUCACAUGGAAUGUAAACUUCAUCAAAAUGAUACACGGGACUGUUAAAAAUCAAUUGCAGUGUUUUCCUAGGUCCUUGAUGACACACAUUGCUGAAGUUUAUUUCAGAGCUUGGAAGAAAGCAUCAGGGGAGUUAUUGGAGGUUAUUGAGCAUAGCUGUAUCCAGGAUUUCAUGCAUCAUGCAAUUCAUCUUCCCAGGAACUCCCCACUGCACCCCAAAUUGCGAGAGUUGCUGAACUAUUUCCACAAACAAAAUAAAUGUCGCCAAGGAGUUGAAGAAGUUCUAUACAGACUUUAUCAACCCAUUCUUUGGAGAGCAUUAAAGGCCAGAAACUCAGAAGUCCGAUCAAAUGCAGCAUUGCUAUUUGUAGAUGCAUUUCCCAUUCUCAAUCCAUGCUUUAACAAAGAGGAUACAGAUAAUGAAAUUCAAAGGCAGUUUGAUGACCUUUUUACUCUCUUAGAAGAUCCACAACCUCUAGUCCGUUCAACAGGGGUGCUUGGUGUUAGCAAAAUAGCUUUCAAAUAUUGGGAGAUGAUUCCUGCAACUGUGCUUGCUGAUCUUUUAAAAACUCUCAUUGAAGAUCUUGCAUUUGAUGCCACUUCAGCUGACGUUCGAUGCUCUGUUUUUAAAUGCCUGCCUAUAAUUUUGGACAACGUACUAAGCCACCCAUUAUUGGAACAGCUCCUGCCAGCCCUGAAAUACAAUCUCCAUGACAAUUCAGAGAAAGUUAGAGUGGCUUUUGUUGAUAUGUUGCUGAAAAUUAAGUCUGUCAAGGCUGCUAAGUUUUGGAAAAUCUGUCCCAUCGAGCACCUCUUAAUUCGCCUUGAAAUUGAUUCACGACCUGUGUCACGGCGCCUAGUAAAUCUUCUGUUCAGCUCAUUCUUGCCCAUCGAUCAACCAGAAGAAGUAUGGUGUGAGCGCUGUGUUGCACUAAUCCAAAUGAAUCCGGCCGCAGCUAGGAAGUUCUAUCAGCAUGCUUAUGAGUACACUGGCCCGACCAACAUAGCUAAAUUGAUGCUUACCAUUCAGCGCUGUUUGAACGCUUGUAUCCAGCAGGGAUUAAAGGCAGCUGACACUGAUGAUGAAGACAGUGAGAAAGAAAAUAUGAGUGUGCCGAAUGAUGUACUGUCAAUUGAUGACAUACCUUCUAUGGCAGGCUUACUUGAAGUUAUUGUAAUUCUCUGGAGAAGUAUUCGUAAAGCACUUGAUCGCAAUGAAGGAGCCAAAAAUCAUAUUGUCCAAAAAUUUGCUACUGUGAUUCCUGAAUAUUUAAAAAUAUUUAAGGAGGAUCGUUGUACGUCUCCAAUAAUUAUCCUGGCAUCUUUCAUGCCACCUGCUGCAAUUCCUGCAUUCAGCUGUGGUGUGAUCUCUAAACUGAGGAAUCUGGAAAAUGGUGUCACUGAAAAUAAAUAUUCUACUUUGCUUGACUGUCUGUGUCGCUGGGGGAAAGUGGGACACAUUCUUGAAUUAAUCUGUGAUUGGAUAUCUGCUGAGCCAAAUAGGAGAGAGAGUAAUGGGACUGCUGAACGGCGAGUACGUAUCCAAGACACACACGAAUCAAAACCAGAAUUGGCACUUGAUUAUAUAGAGUACUUACUGACUCAUUACAUGAAUCGGGAUUGUCUUCUGUCACUCCCCAAAGAGAAACUGAACCAGCUUUUGAAAGUCCUUGAAGCUGCAAAGGGUGUUCUAGAUUCGUAUAUCAGAGAAACGGAUGCAAGCUCUCCUGGCUUUUACCAAGCAACUGCACUGAGAGCCUUCAGUCUGUAUUGCAGAUUAAAUAUACAUCUUCAAUACAAGUUUGCCUCUGAAGAUCAGGAUUACGUGUCAGCUUUGGCAGAAACAGGAGCUUGGAUAGAAAAUAGCAUUCUACCAGCUCUUUUGACAGAUGAACAGGAGGGCAGCCUGGGGAGGUCAAGUGAAAUCUCUCAACUGGUAGUUCAGACUUACCUUACAGUGUGUAAGGAUCUUAUAGCUGUUGGUCUUGGUGAUUCAGAGUUUCAAGCUCACCUUCUGAACAUGACAGGUGUGAUUAUACACGGAGACAGAGGCUACAUCUUCAUUCCAAUAUUAGUUUACAUCCUGAGAGAGGUGGUUGAAGCUUCUUUAGCCCAUGACGCUGAUAACAGUGAACAUUUGGCAGAAUUUCUUGACAAUGUUCAGAAGAUGUUCCAGAAAAUUCUGGAAUGUAUGGCACUCAGACUCAGAAGACAUCGAGAAGAAGGAAUUCAGUUAAUUCACUCUGUUCAGGAGCCUCUUGGAGAAUUUAUACGUAUAGUCCAGUGUUGUACUUUGACUUCUCCAGCUGUUCGCCAUGGAGUCCUUUCUUCCCUGCUAGCUGCAGCAGUAGUUGAGAUUGGUUAUACCUUACAAUAUAAGGCAUCAAAUUCAGAGGAGCUAAUUCCACCAAAGUCUUUUUCAGAUCUCCCUCCACUUUCAAGCAUUUUAAUGGCAAUUGUGAAUAAAUCAGCAAAUGUGGUCAGAUCUUUUUUAAAUGAGUUAAUGGAAUCCAUUGAAUCUGAAGAAAUUGAAGGAAUUAUUAGCAUUACAGCAAUGGUGUAUGUUGUUUCUUUAAUUAAAGGUAAGCAAAAGCCUUCGUAUGUAAAGGACAUAGCAUCUGCCCUUCAGAGGAAGUUAACCUCAUACAAUGAAAUUGCCGAGGAAGAUGUUAGUGGCGUUCAAAGAACCCUGUAUGAAACAGCUCUACAGAUUCUGGAUGAAAUACUAAGUCCUUGACCACAUAACUACCUUCAGGUCAAGGAAAAAGAAAAGAAGAUGCGUUCAACCCUUCCAAAGAGAGCCAAAGUAGUUAUCUGUACAGUGCCUUGCCUUGAAAAAUAAUGCUGUUUGGUGCUUCCUUGUAACAGAAUUGUA